AUGGCACAAAGCAGCCCUGUGGUGGUGGAGAUAAUCUCAACUGAGACAGUGAAGCCAUCGUCCCCAACUCCACAACACCUCCGAACUCACAAACUCUCCUACCUCGACCAAUUAUCCACGUCACUCUACAUCUCCAUCAUCUUCUUCUACAACCCUAACGACGACCACCACCACCUCCACCGAACCUCCCGACGCCUGAGUGAAUCCCUCUCUCACGCCCUCACCUCUUUCUACCCCUUCGCCGGCCGCCUCCUCAAACACUCCUCCACCGUCGAUUGCAACGACGCCGGCGCCGAGCUCUCCGUCGCUCGGGUCACCGGCCUCCCCCUCGCCGACGCCGCGCGGGACCCACACGACUCCGCCCGGUACCUUCCCGCGUGCCCCACGGAGGACGUCUCGUCGUACCCACUCCUCCUCGCGCAGCUCAAUUUCUUCCCGUGCGGAGGCUUAGCCGUUGCCGUCCGCUUCGCGCACAUCGCCGACUGCACGUCCCGUGACCGCGCUCCUCCAGACGUGGGCGGCCGGCGGCUGUCGGCCGGCGCUCGGCUUCGACCUGACAAGCUGGCGGCCCUCGGGAGGCGGGCGACGGGGGGCCACACGCGUGUGGAGCUCGUCUCGGCUUUCAUAUGGGAGAGCUUCAUCGAGGCGUGUAACGGUGGGAAGGAAUUGGCUGCGGCAAUCCACACGGUGAGCCUGAGGAAAAGGAAGAAAGGUCUGGAGAACGUGUUCGGCAACUGUUUGAUGAUGUCGUUCGCGUAUUCGGAAAAGGGUCGGGAGUUUCGCGAGCUGGCGGGGAAAUUGAGGGAGUCGAUACGGAAGGUGGACGAGGGCUACAUCGCGGGAUCGGAAAAGGAUGGGGAGGUGUACUUGGGGGACGUUCUCGGGUAUUUUGAAAAGUAUGUCAAGGGAGAGAUGGAGGGUUUUUUGUUCACCAGCUGGUGCGGGUUUCCGAUUUACGAGGUGGAUUUCGGGUGGGGAAGGCCCGUUCGGAUCUGCACGGCGGACUUGCCGGUGAAUAAUUUUGCCGUUUUGAUAGACAUCAAUAACGGGUUAGAGGACGGUCGUGGUAAGGGAAUCGAAGCUUGGGUCAACAUGGCGGAGGACGGCAUACGAAUACUCGAAAAGAAUUUCGAAUUGAUUUCUGAUGAUUUCGGGCACUCCCAUAUCUGCCCACCGCCUCGGUUCGGCAACCCCCCUCGUCCUCCUCCUCCAGCGGCGGCCGCAUCCCUGAAUGAUAUCACGAAGAACUCGACCCAAGAGUCCCACCGUUGGCACGACGACGUCGAGAUCAUCGACUCCCCUGAACUAAUCUACAUCGUGAGGAGCGUCGAAAAUGGUAGAAUAUGGACCGAAGAAGCCUCUAAUAUGAAGAAAAUGUACUUGGCUGAAAAUUGGGAGCGCCCGCCCGAGUUAGGUGACGAGCACGAGCCGCAGGAGUCUAAAAUUGCGGGUGACGAGUACUUGGCCGCGGUACAUAGGGCGACCCACAGCGACAUGGCAACAGACCGACAAUGGUUCGGAAGCCGUCUUGCGGAGUGGUGUGACCUACAAAGGUCCUGCAAAGGACUAAGCAAGACCGAGAAGGAGUCAAACCCGAGGGGAGAGGUCCGGAUUGCCGACGAGCGGUGCGAGAAAAAAUCAGUUCCGUUCGAGUUUCUGGGGUUCUUCGAUGAGGAGCCCGCCUUUUCACUCAAGUUUUUGAGAUUUUUGGACGAGAAACCUGCAUUCUCGUUUGAAUUUCUAGGAUUUUUUUUACUAGGAACCCACGCUCUCAUUUGA